UUACAUGAAUGUUCCUGCUGUUUGUGCAAUUAAUCAGGCAACUUUAGCUUUGUAUGCUGCUAGAAGAACUUCAGGAAUUGUUGUAAAUAUUGGGUUUCAAGUCACAUCAGUUGUUCCAAUUUUACAUGGUAAAGUAAUGCGCAAAGUGGGUGUGGAGGUUGUGGGACUGGGAGCACUAAAACUUACCGGGUUUCUUAAGGAGUUGAUGCAGCUGAACAAUAUUAGUUUUGAAUCGCUGUACACCGUUCGCACUUUGAAAGAGAAUCUCUGUUAUGUUGCCUAUGAUUAUGAGGCUGAGCUACUCAAAGAUACACGAGCAUCAUCUGACGCAGCAGGAGAAGGUCAGUUCACUCUUUCAAAAGAGCGGUUUCAAACAGGAGAAAUCUUAUUCCAGCCACGAAUGGCAGGAGUGUAAGUUCUGGAACUUAUAAUAUUUAUUGCUUCACGAGCACUGUCAGGAAAGUUCCAACUGUGUGGAUGCAUGUGAGUGUGUGUGUGUGCUGCAAGGAUAUUAAAACUUCUACCAUAUAAUUCAUCGAAAAAGAUGUCUAGAAAUGCUUUAUGUCUUGAUUCUAGGCGUUAAAAAUGUGACGAGAAUACAGUUCUUCUAAGAGAAUAUAAUUGAGACUUCAUGAAAGUAUAGUGUUUA